ACGUGGCCCCUCCUCCUUCUGUGUGCGUGCGGCUGCUGCUCUUUACAUCAGUCAUCAUGGCGUCCUUAUCGAUGGCCCCGGUCAACAUCUUCAAACAUGGAGCGGAUGAAGAAAAAGCCGAGACGGCCCGGCUGUCGUCUUUCAUCGGCGCCAUCGCCAUCGGGGACCUGGUGAAGAGCACGCUGGGGCCGAAGGGCAUGGAUAAGAUCCUGCUGAGCGGAGCGAAGGGCGGCUCGGUGACCGUCACCAACGACGGAGCCACCAUCCUCAAAUCCAUCGGAGUCGACAACCCGGCCGCCAAGGUCCUCGUCGACAUGUCCAAGGUUCAGGACGACGAGGUCGGAGACGGCACCACCUCGGUCACCGUGCUCGCCGCCGAGCUGCUGCGGGAGGCGGAGCUUCUGAUCGCCAAGAAGAUCCACCCGCAGACCAUCAUCUCCGGCUGGAGGAAGGCGACGCAGGCGGCCAGGGACGCUCUGAGGGAGGCGGCGGUCGACCACAGCGACGACCCGGCCCGCUUCCAGGAGGACCUGCUGAACAUCGCCCGCACCACGCUGUCCUCCAAGCUGCUCACGCACCACAAAGACCACUUCUCCCAGCUGGCCGUGCAGGCCGUGCUCAGGCUCAAGGGCUCCGGCAACCUGGAGGCCAUCCACGUCAUCAAGAAGCUGGGAGGGAGCCUGACCGACUCCUACCUGGACGAAGGGUUCCUGCUGGAUAAAAGAAUCGGAGUGAACCAACCCAAGAGACUAGAGAACGCAAACAUCCUGAUCGCCAACACGGGCAUGGACACCGACAAGAUCAAGGUGUUUGGCUCCAGGGUCCGAGUGGACUCCACGGCGAAGGUGGCCGAGAUCGAGAUGGCGGAGAAAGAGAAGAUGAAGGAGAAGGUGGAUCGAAUCCUGAAGCACGGCAUCAACUGCUUCAUCAACAGACAGUUGAUCUAUAACUACCCGGAGCAGCUCUUCGCUCAGGCCGGCGUCAUGGCCAUCGAACACGCCGACUUCGCCGGAGUGGAGCGCCUCGCCCUCGUCACCGGCGGUGAGAUCACGUCCACCUUCGACCACCCGGAGAUGGUGAAGCUGGGACACUGCAAACUGAUCGAGGAGGUGAUGAUCGGCGAGGACACACUCAUCCACUUCUCCGGCGUCGCCAUGGGCGAGGCGUGCACCGUGGUGCUGCGCGGCGCGACGCAGCAGAUCCUGGACGAGGCGGAGCGCUCGCUGCACGACGCGCUCUGCGUCCUGGCCCAGACGGUGAAGGAGCCGCGCACCAUCUACGGAGGAGGCUGCUCCGAGAUGCUGAUGGCCAAAGUGGUGUCGGAUCUGGCCAAUAGGACGCCGGGAAAGGAGGCGGUCGCCAUGGAGUCCUUCGCCAAGGCUCUGAGGAUGCUGCCGACCAUCAUCGCCGACAACGCCGGCUACGACAGCGCCGACCUGGUGGCUCAGCUGAGAGCCGCGCAUCAGGAGAACAAGACCACCUUCGGCCUGAACAUGUCUGAAGGCGUGGUGGGAAACAUGGCGGAGCUGGGCGUCACCGAGUCCUUCCAGGUGAAGCGUCAGAUGCUGCUGAGCGCCUCCGAGGCCGCCGAGAUGAUCCUGAGGGUCGACAACAUCAUCAAAGCCGCGCCGAGGAAGCGAGUGCCGGACCACCACCCCUGCUAGAGGAAGAGGAGGAGGAGGAGGUCGAUGAUGAAGGAUCCGUUUCGUUAUUUAUCACCUCGAUGUAGUUCAACAACAAGAAAAACAAGAAACGCUCCAUUCUGUUCUUUUUUCUCUGUGCUGACGCGAGCAGGCCAGAAGCUAAUCGCACAGCUGCUGUUAGCGUAAAGAGAUGACGCUAGAUGUUAGCACGGCUCGGGAUGCUAACGUCAGUCCGACGACGCCUGGAAGAGGUCAUUUCAACGUUUUGUUCGUUUUGUUUACUGAAAUAAAAGAGUGAGUCCUCGUCAGA